GAGAGAGAGAGAAAGGCCAUCCUCCCUCCUGUAGAUCCACCGGUGGGCAGGCAGGAGACGGAGGCGCUCUGUUGCAUCCACCCCUUCUCUUAUCCAUCCACCCCUCUCUCCAUCCACCCAUUCAUUCCCAAAGGCGUCACACGGGGUGACAAGAUGCCUGAGACUUCCUUGUAUGCAUGUUAGCCUAGGUAGGUGCGUAUGUCUGGUCUGCCCGUGGAUCCGCUGACAUGAGGAGCUGAAACAGAACCGACAGAAGGAUGAAAAUGCUCCGGUUUCGCAGCCCAAGCAUCCGCUCCUUGGACCAGGAGGUCCUCUGCACGAUCCGGUUACUGGACGACUCCGAGGUCUCCUGCAGCAUCCAGAGAGAUACCAAAGGCCAGUUCCUGCUCGACUAUGUGUGUAACCACUACAACCUACUUGAGAAAGACUACUUUGGUAUUCGAUAUGUGGACCCCGAGAAACAGAGGCACUGGCUGGAGCCCAACAAGCCCGUGGUGAGGCAGAUGAAGUCUCAGCAGCCGUACACAAUGUGUUUCCGGGUCAAGUUUUAUCCUCACGAGCCAAUGAAAAUCAAGGAGGAGCUCACCAAGUAUCUCCUGUACCUCCAGCUGAAGAGAGACGUUUACCACGGUCGCCUCCUUUGUCCUUUUGCUGAAGCUGCAUAUCUUGGAGCCUGCAUCAUACAGGCUGAGCUCGGGGACUACGACCCAGAGGAGCACCCGUCAGACUACAUCAGAGACUUCAAGCUGUUCCCUAAACAGUCCCUCAAACUGGAGAGGAAGAUUAUAGAAAUACACAAGAACGAGCUCAGGAGCCAGUGUGCUGCAUUUGCUGAGUUGAACAUGCUCCAAAGGGCUCACAGCCUGGAGACGUAUGGAGUCGACCCUCACCCAUGCAAGGAUUUCACAGGCUCCACAGCCUUUCUCGGGUUCACAGCCACAGGUGUUGUGGUCUUCCAGGGAAACAAGAGGAUCCACCUCCUCAAAUGGGCUGACGUUAGCAAGCUGAAGUUCGAAGGGAAAACCUUUUACGUCAUCGGGGUCCAGAAAGAGAAGAAACUGGUGUUGACAUUUCACACCACAACCCCUGCUGCGUGUAAGCACUUAUGGAAGUGCGGGGUGGAGAACCAAUCCUUUUACAAGUGUGCGAAGUCAAGUCAGAUAAAGACAGUUUCCAGCAGUAACAUCUUCUUUAAAGGAAGCCGGUUCAGAUACAGCGGAAGAGUUGCAAAGGAGGUGAUAGAAGCCAGCUCAAAGAUUCAGAGAGAGCCACCCGACGUGCGCAGAGCCCAGUUUGGUCAGAGUCGAAGUUUUAGCUCUCUUAGCCAUAAAAACCUCAUCAUGAACAUGGAGCCACUGGUACCUGCACUGCCCUCCACCAACGAGUACGAAGAGACGGCGACAGACACCGGUGUUGUUGCUGUAAAGGACUCUGUCCCCCUGUCCCCCUUAAAACCUUCAGAUGCACCUGCAGACACAGAGCAACAAAGUAAUGAAGGAACCUCUGCUUUAGGCAAUGACCUGCAUCCUUCCCGUGUUUCCAUGGAAACCUCAAAUCUCCGACCUCAGACGCCCAAAGCUGACAAUGAAUUGCAGGAAGAUGACGAGGCCAGCGGUGCUCUCACCAUUUCUGAGCUUGUCUACAGUCCUUGUGCCAGCAUGCUACCCACCCCAGUGGACGACAGUCAGGGAGGCGUCGACUUGCUCUUCUCCUCUCCGGUCCAGAGCCCAGCCAGGAUGCUGAGGGAGCUCCAUGCCGACCCUGACAUCCAGGCCCAGUUGGAGGCGGAGAGGGAGCGAGACCGGGCCUAUGAACGCACCCGAAUGGCUGCCAGAGGUGGAAUGGGUGGCGUCCUGACCAGCAGCCUACGCCUGCUAUCGUCCAAUGAAAGAGUCAAUGCAUGUGUGCUGAGUGUGGCCCGCUUUGUUGCCGUGGUAAUGGGUAUCUUGCUUGUCACUGUGCCCACACUGCUGCUACUGCUGGAGUCAGACAUCGACGUGUCGUUCCUCCAUGAGAUCCGCCAGACGCCGGAGUUUGAGCAGUUUCACUACGAGUAUUACUGCCCGCUUCGGCGCUGGAUCCUGUGUAGGAUCAGCAUGGCCAUGGAGAACCUCUGGUCAGACUGAGGAGGAAGAGGAGGAGGAGGAGGAGGAAAAGAAGAGGGCGGAGAGUCACUGCAGGGGGAAACAAAAAUGCCCAAAUGUCUGUCUUAAUAUGUAAUUUAAUCUUAUAUUCAGUUUCAACAACUGGUGAGACAAAACAACCAGUCUGCAAUGGGAUGAGAUUAGUUCACUUGUUUAAGAGCAAGUUCAGUUUAUUUUAAGAGCAGGUGCAAUGGAGCGCUCACCAAAUCGCAGUAAUGUAAUUUGUUAGAAAAGAGGCCUGAGAUGGAUAAACGGUCGGGCAUUUUGGCCAACAUUAUUUCUGAUUGAAUUACACUGGAACAAGUAGAUUAGUUUCACCUCUUUGGCAGCAUAGAUUGGAGUCUUGAAGAAAAGAGAGAUGGAAGAGAAAUACGAUUAUGAGUAUAAUAUCCAAUCACUUGUUAAGAGACUUUCGGCAGUGAUGAACUGAAAAGAAAGAACAAGGAAGAUUGUGAGUGUUUGAGGGAAUGCCUGUGGAGGGGAGAGAUUCAUGAAAUUAAAAAAACAAGGAAAGUCGUGGAAAAAGAGAAAGUCUCAAAAGAUUAAAAAAAUAAAUAACUGGUGGAUUUCAUUUUCAUAGAACUUUGAAGGUCUGUUCACUCCUGAUGCUGACGAGCUGAUGCAAUGACUCUUUGGUAAAUAGUGCUCACCAUUCUGAUUGGUUCUCGCCUUCAGAUUGGAACACCUGAUUGGUCACAGAACCUGUCAGUCAUGACGGAGUGGGUGGGGACAGAAAGAGAAAUUAUUGAUUUGUCACUGGACACAACAAUAGCCACAUUCAAAGGUACAUUAUAUAUAUUUAAAAACAAAAGAGAAAUAUUGAUAAUGAUUAUCUUAAAUAAGUUGUUUUUAACGUUUUGUACAUUUUUAUGUGAUCCAGAUCUUUCAGGAAUUUUUCAGUCAGAGGAUCUACUUUGAGCUUGUUUAAAAAUUAAGAGUUUACAAAAGAUUACAAAAAAAAGCUAAUUUAUUGAAGUUUAUCGGGGUGAAGAGUGUUGAGAAAUUCAAGAUAUUUUUUAAGACUACCGUCAGCAUUUGUUCACCCGGUAGCACCCUGGGUUUUUCCUACAGAGGCGAUAGCACAACUCUUUUACACGGACCACAGAUUGCUACUGUUUCAGAUUAUGUGAUGUCAUUUUGGAAACAGGAGGGCAGCAGAGGAGAGAAACUUUAGUCUGUUGUGAACUUGUGUUUUGUUGAACUUCUAAAUGUCGUCUGAACUAAAUGUUUGCUCAUUAAUUAAGGCUACUAGUGCAUCUUUCCGUGUGUUUUCAGAGAGUUUGAACAUUAAUGUAUGAAGAAAUGCUAAGGGACGAAAAGGUUACUUGUAAGCUCAUGAGGAAAAGUUACUGUGUCGAUAAAACUGUGAUUUUGGGGUGAUUUGAUAGUCGAUGUGCUACUUGUGGGAGUGCCCUGUGUGUAUUUCAGCGGGAUUGGAAGUGAUAGGAUGGUACACUCAAAACGCCCAGAGGAACAGGUGUGCUUACUGCAACCUGACUGUUGCUACGUGACACAUGAUGGGACAAGUGAAGCGCUUAAUGGUCUAAAUCUCUCAUACAGGUCAUAUGACUGGUCGACUGAACGCAUGUGGCUCAGUUGGAGUACAGUUGCAGGUAUUUAACUUAUUCUUUCUCAUUUUAAUGUCAGUGACCAACAAGUUAUAUUGGAGCAAGAUGUUGAGCUGUGUUUCACAGACAUUCACUGCUGACGUGGCAAAAGGUCUGGAGGGAGGGAAAAAAAUCAAGGUUAAAACCCAGAUUAUUUUGUUCAAAAAAAAUCUCUAUUUGCUACACAGAUAUAGAAAUAAACUGUAGAUGUGUCGGUCUUUGUAAUGCUGUUUAUUUUGGUGUACAAAGUUAAGGUCAAAGUAUGAAACGUAACAGAGACUUACACAAUAACCUUUUGACUCAACUCAUCAUUGGGCUAAAGACUCCAUCAGAGACGUGCAGCUCUGAUGAGAAAUGGCAUCAGUCACUUUUGGAAACGUACAGCCGUCACUGUGUGAUUGGUCACCAUGUGAUUGGUCACCAUGUGAUUGGUCACCAUGUGAUUGGUCACCAUGCAGACAGUACCUGCCCGUGACUGUACCGUGGCUCAGCAUGGACAAGAGAACAGAGAGCUACAGAGAUGAGAAAUGACAUCAGAUCAAAUGAAAACAAAUGUUUUUUUUUUUUUGUUUCGUUUUGGUUUUUGUUGCUCAAAAUGUGGAUCAACUUCUCAGGAAAGGGUAUUAGCAGUUUAUGUUCAAAAUAACAAAUAUAUAUGUCUCAAAAAGAAAAGAAAAAAAUGCAUCUAAUCACAGCAUACACCAUAAAAUGUAUCCAUAACCUUCAUACUGAACAUGUCCUGCUAUUAUGCUAAUAUGAAUAUCCAAACACUUUAUAUAUUUAUACCAAGUCAGUAGCUGGAUUUAAAUAUGCCUGUGUUGUUGUACUACAACUACAUGCGCAUCCAAACAACGUUUUUACUGUAGAGAGUCACUGCAGUGGCCAUCAUAGCUGAACCUCCAUAUUGCUCUAUUGCAGAGCGGCUGUCAGUUGGUUCGUAGCAACAUGGAGUCGAUCAAAGCUCUCAGAGUGUUUAGGCUCUUGUUUAAGAAAUCUCUCCAUACUCUUCGGCCUUUGCAGUGCACAACACCAUCAAAGCCCUCUUAUUAUAAUCGAUCAAAUCUUGCUGCCUCAUGUCAGCAGUUUGUCAUGGAACUCUCUCAUGCAUCAACGGGCUUUAUGCAUAUAGAAAAUAUGCAGGAACAAAAGAAGCACGCGUAUUUGGGACAAAGCAUUUAUUUUGCUACUACAGCAUGCACUGAGUUUCAAUGCUGAAACCAACCGAAGGGCCAAACCACUUUGAUGACAACGUGUGCAUUUAACAUCACGGACUCUGAGCUUCACUGUAGCGGAUGAAGCGGAUCUAUUUGCACUGCUAUGUGAUCACCAUCAUCCCAUGAUGACUAACGGAGGGGGAUAGCAUCCUGUCAUUUACCUUGUUGCUCCUCCAGUAUGCACAUGCACCAAAAUGCUCGAGUGAUUCACUGUAGACUUAAAUAUACGCGUUUCAUGUACACAGCUGUACAGACAUAGUUUGUCCCCUGGCUUUGGUCCUUUAUGUCUGUGCUUCAUGCUCCUCUAACGACCCCGGGGUGUCUCUUACUCUGACCUCUCAAUGCAAAUCGCAUGCCCUCAUCUGUAAAUACUGUGUUUAUAGUUGUGGCAAAAAAAAGAAGAAGAUCCAAUCAAAGAUUUCCAUCCUUCCUUCCCUCUGUGUGUCUCUUAAAGGACCCCUUGUCCCUUAACGCGUUCUAGAUGUAGGCUUGGCUGUCUUGAUCAUCUUAGAUGAAUGCAUGUUUUCUGUGAUUUUUUUCCAAGAAGUGGAAGAGGAAACACAUUGAGGCAUUUAAGUAUUUUCUCUCAAUACAAAAUAAGCGAUG